AUGGCGUAUCAACGUGAACUUGAAUUACUACACCGGCGCGAUGAAAUUCUUCACGAGACCGCUGAUCUCACAUCGCAUGUUGUUCAAUCACUUGAACAGCAACAGAAAUUUGCUCAAGAUACGAAAGAAAAUCUACAUCAACAAAAUCUUCUUCUCUCUUUAGCAAAUGACAAAAUGCGAUCGAUGAAUCAGGAUUUGACAUCUGUAGUCAAGGAAAUGAAUGAAAUCGAUUCUCCGCAUGGAUGUUUAUGUUGUAAAAUUCGAAAGAAACGAACUAAGAAGGUUCAUCAGCCAAUAGUCGAUGCAAAAUCAACGGAAGCUUCUGCAACAAACAAAGAGAAGCCCGCAGAAACCAUGGACACUAUUCCGGAACUGAUCGACGAUAAUGAAUACGAGAAACAAAUUGUUAGCGAGUUGAAUCAAAUGAAAAAGCAAUUGAUUCUCUUUCAAGAUCAGGUUAAAACCAUUAAUAGAACGUUUGAUGAAGGAGAUAAAGUUAUUCAUCAAUUUGAAAACGAAACGGAUCAAUAUAUGCAUUCGAUUACAACAGCGCUUAAUAAAGCUGAACAUGUUCUUGGCCGAAAGAUUGUUGUUGACCAAGACAAGCACAAGCAUAAAGAGAAAGUAUCCGCUAUUUUCGCGUCUGCAUGGUGUCCGACAGAAGAAGAGUUAUGUCGUUUGAAAGACAUUUAUGAAAUUGAACCACGCGGGACUGCAUUCGAACGGUUUUUACGUAGUGGUUCAGGAGAAGAACCCAGUUUAGCGAUAGAUGGAUUUAUGUUCUUAGGAAAUUUGCAAAAUGGAUCUAAUGAAACCGUACUUGAACGACUGAAAAUCACACACAUUAUCAACGUUAGUGAGGCCGAUGUUCGUGAUGGGCUACCUCCAAACCGCUUUCAUAUUGUCCAUAUUCCAAUGGGAGACGAUCAUUUCAAUUCUACCAACGAAUUACUGCAUAAUUAUUAUUUACAAGUUGAACGCUGCCUCGUUCAUUGUGCUGCAGGAAACAUUGAUCCGAACUUUAUUGUUCUAGUAUCAACAUGA